AUGUGGCCAGCUUCACAGUAUUCACACACUAACAACCAAAACCAAAAUAGCUCAAAAGGAAAUGAACAUCAGAACCAACAGAACUUGAAAACUUUGGGAAUGACCUCUGCUAUUUCUAUGGCAGGUCCAAAGCAGAUUGACAUUGAUAAAACUACUGAACUUAAGAAUUCUUUGACACCAUAUGGAGUAUUUGAGUCUGAGGGUGAGAUGCAUCAUCGUAUGGAGGUGUUGGGAGCAUUGCAUAGACUGGUGCGCCAAUGGAUUAGGGAUGAAUCAUUGAGGAAGAAUAUGCCGCCAAGCGUGGCAGAUACUGUUGGAGGGAAUAUUUAUACAUUUGGGUCUUACAGGCUAGGGGUACAUCACAGAGGUGCAGAUAUAGAUGCACUAUGUGUUGCUCCAAGGCAUAUUGAUAGAUCUGAUUACUUCCAGUCUUUCUACGAUCUUCUGAAACAACAGCCACAGGUGAAAGAUUUGCGCGCAGUAGAAGAUGCAUUUGUGCCUGUCAUUAAGAUGAACUUUGAUGGAAUUGAGAUUGAUUUGCUCUUUGCACGACUUGCUUUAAAGGAAAUACCUGAUUCGUUCGACCUACGAGAUGACAUUCUACUGAAGAAUCUGGAUCAAAAAUGCGUGAGAUCACUAAACGGUUGCCGGGUAACAGAUGAAAUUUUGCGUCUAGUGCCUAAUAUAAACAAUUUUCGGUUGACAUUAAGGGCUAUCAAGCUAUGGGCGAAACGUCACGGUAUCUACUCAAACACAUUGGGUUAUCUGGGUGGUGUCUCUUGGGCUAUGUUAGUUGCCCGAACAUGCCAACUCUAUCCAAAUGCAUUACCGGCCACAUUGGUUCACAAAUUCUUUCUUGUAUUCAGCCAAUGGAAAUGGCCACAACCGGUUCUUCUAAAGCAACCUGAUUCAGUCAACCUUGGAUUUCCAGUAUGGGACCCACGGGUCAAUAUGUCUGACCGUUUCCAUCUGAUGCCGAUCAUCACACCGGCCUACCCGCAGCAAAACUCAACCUUCAAUGUAUCAGCUUCCACCAGAACUGUGAUAAUGGAAGAAUUUAGACUCGGUUUAGCAAUAACAGACGAAAUAAUGUUGGGAAAAUGUGGGUGGGAGAAGUUAUUUGAAGCACCAAACUUUUUCUUAAGAUACAAGCACUUCAUCGUGUUGCUAGCGUCCUCUGCCAAUGGAGAUGAUCAGCUGCAAUGGUGUGGCCUCAUUGAGAGCAAGAUCAGACAUCUUAUAACGACACUAGAAAGGAAUCAACACAUAACAAUAGCGCACGUGAACCCUGAGUGCUAUAACUCCGUGCCAUUGAACACCAAUAAUGGACAACCCCUAGCCUUACCACCGGGUACUCCAGUGCCCUCAAACGUGGAUGUGGAAGUCAAGAAGAAUGAAAAUGGAGAAGUGAUGCCCAACUUAUGUUCAAUGUGGUUCAUUGGCUUAGUUUUUGACAAGACAAAUGUGAAUGUUGACUUGACGCAUGAUAUUUUGUCAUUCACAAAAGUUGUGCACUAUCAAGCCGAAACCACCAAUAUGCUAAGAGAAGGAAUGACCAUUGAGGCAAGACACGUGAGACGCAAACAAUUGCACCAAUAUCUAUCUGCGUCGCUGAUAAAGCGAGAAAGAACGACUUCAGGCGCUAAGCGUAAGCAGGACAGCAAUGCCCAACCGGCACCACUUAAGAAAUCGAAACGACUAUCUGAGAGUAGUACGGACGAAGUUAGCAUAUUGUCAUACAACGAAGACUCAAACUCAUCAAACGUGUAUGAGGUAAACAUUCAGAAUGGAAAUGCCUCAAAUCACUCCCAAGAAGACAGAAAACCUGCAGAAAAGCCUCUCAGUCCUCCGGAGCACCCUUCGACGUCAAACACGAUUGCUUGUACGUAG